CCGGACCCCAAUGUCACGGAGUACGUGGUGGGUCCACUGCCGACGCCGCUGUAUCACCGGGACGUCACGGUGCAGAAGUACGGGGGGAAGGUGCCGUACCACCGCAGACCGACACUGGCUGUAGAAUACAAACAGAUCGCAGCCUUUUUGAAAAGCCAGGUGUUCCCUGCAGCUCCAUCUUUCAUGCGUCAAGUAAUGGAGUAUGAUGGAGCCAGUCUAGCAGCCAUGGCAGCUGCUCCCCGUGGGUUCCAGUCUGGAGAUCGCAUCACCUGGUUAGUUUUGUUUCAGAAUGUGAGCGGGUUCUUCGUGCACCCGAUGGGGCUGGAGGUGCUGGUGGAUCACAGCAGCCUGGACGUCUCCCAGUGGGUGGUGAGCAGAGUCUUCUACAACGGGCAGUACUACAGGGACACGGUUCAGCUGGAGAGCGCCUACGUGCAGGGUCGCAUCAGCGUGGAGAAGGCCUGGAGCUUUGCCUUUGGGAUGAGCGUGAAGACGGGCCUGCGCCUGUUUGAUGUCCGACAUCGGGGGGAGAGGGUUGCCUAUGAAAUCAGUGUCCAAGAGGCUUUGUCAGUGUAUGGCUCCAACUGCCCCGGAGGGAUGUCAACGAGGUACAUGGACGGGAGCUUUGGCAUUGGGCGCUACACCUCCCCCUUGGUGCGAGGGGUCGACUGCCCCUAUUUAGCGACGUACCUGGAUGUGCACUACCUUGCUCAUUCCCAGGUGUCUAGAACUAGUAAAAAUGCCCUCUGUGUCUUUGAGCAGAACCUGGGCUCUCCUCUGAGGCGCCACUACUCCAACUUGGAGUCGCUCUACUACGGGGGGCUGGUCAACUCUGCUCUGGUCAUUCGGUCCAUUGCCACUGUGGGCAACUACGACUACGUGUGGGACUUCAUCUUCUACCAGAACGGGGCUAUUGAAGGCAAGGUCCAGGCCACGGGGUAUGCGAGCUCGUCCUUCCUCCACGGGGAUGGUCUGAGAUACGGCAAUAGGGUUUGGGAGCACACGCUGGGUACGAUACACACCCAUUCCAUCAACUAUAAAGUGGACUUGGAUGUGGGAGAAGGACGUGGAGUGGACCACGAUCUCCAGAAAGCCAUCCUCGGCUGGCGGCGACACGCAUGGGGCCGGGUGCAGCGGGGCCAGCUGUGCGGGAGCUGGUGGUCGUGCAGGAGCAGCCGCCCUCACAUCAUGGUGGGGUGA